AUGAGUUAUUCCCAUGCAGUUGUCGUUGGAGUUCCAAAUUCAUUAAAGUUCGCAAAUAAGAAAUCCACUCUUGAUACGGAUGCGCUGAGAAAACAAAGUGAGGGCCUUAUCGAAACGCUUCGAGAAGCCGGUGUCGUCGUCAGUGAGUACUGCCCAGCGGAUGGAUCUUGCGUAACAAGUCUGUUAGUUGGGGAUGCAGCUAUGUCUCUCAAACGUAUCUUGCCAAAAUGUUGUCGAAGUAUUCAAGAAUGUCCUGAAACCGUCGAUGGAAAAGCAGUGGUUCUCGAGGGAGGAGACGUCCUUUUCACAGGGAAAGAGAUAUUUGUAGGAGUACGCAAACAUGGAACAAACUUUGAAGGAGCAAAAGUACCAACUACAGUUGUUGCCAAAGUAUUCUGUGACCAUGCCGUUAUACCUAUAAAUAUGUCAGACAAGGCUCAAAGCCUACGGUACUACGUUUCGCUGGUUGCUCCUGGUAUAUUAGCUAUCGGAACAAGCAAAGAAGCCCAGAAUAUUUUAAAAGUUCUUGAAGCCGAAGCUUCAUUACGGUACAGGAUUAUAUCGGUUGAUGACGAUGAUGGCGUAAACUGCAUUUUAGUUAACAAUCGACUCAUAUUCCAGCAGAACAGGGCAGCGGCAAGUGUUGCAAUAAUUAGAGACUCAAAUAAUCAUGCUGAACGACCUCAAACUGAACUACAGGUGACAAGGAAAUUCACUGCUCUUCAGUCAAAUGGACUAGAGUUGUGGACGGUGGAUGUCUCUGACUUACUCAAGGUCAAGCUUUAG